AUUCGACUCUUUCAAAGCUACGAAAUUGUGAUAUGUUGUCUGAUGCUGAGAAGAGGAAGCAAAUUAGUGUGAGAGGGAUUGCUCAGUUGGAAAAUGUGACAAAUCUCAAAUCUGACUUCAAUAGACACCUGCAUUUCGAUGGAGUUAAGGACAGGAACGUCGCAACGUCUCUCGACUUCUAUCAAGCGUUGGCACGUACAGUUUGGGAUCAUCUUUGCUCUCGCUGGAUUCGAUCUCAGCAGUUUUACCAUAGAGAGGAUCCAAAGCGCAUAUACUAUUUGUCGUUAGAAUUUUACAUGGGUCGCACUUUGACUAAUACAAUGCUGAAUGUAAAUAUUACUGCUGCAGUAGAUGAGGCGAUGUACCAAUUGGGACUGGAUAUUGAGGAGCUAGAGGAAAUGGAGUCUGAUGCUGGUCUUGGUAAUGGUGGGUUAGGACGUCUAGCUGCCUGUUUCUUGGAUUCCAUGGCAACAUUAGGGUUGGCCGCUUAUGGAUACGGCAUCCGUUAUGAUUAUGGAAUUUUUGAACAAUCUAUUCGCGAUGGCUGGCAGGUCGAAGAACCCGAUGAAUGGUUACGCUUUGGAAACCCAUGGGAGAAAGGUAGACCAGAAUAUUGCUAUCCUGUCAAUUUUUACGGGCGUGUUGAAGAUGCUGGAAAUGGACGUAGACGAUGGGUUGAUGCUCAUCCAGUCUUUGCAAUGCCCUAUGACACCCCAGUUCCAGGGUAUAGAAAUAACACCUGCAAUACUCUUCGGCUGUGGUCUGCCAAAGCUCCAAAAAGUUUUGAUCUCGGUAUAUUUAAUAUGGGUGAUUACAUAAACGCUGUAUGUGCACGUAAUCAUGCGGAAAAUAUUUCCCGAGUUCUUUAUCCGAACGACAAUUUCUUUGUUGGAAAGGAACUUCGCCUUCGUCAAGAGUAUUUCUUAGUUGCUGCCACUUUGCAGGAUAUAAUUCGACGUUUUAGAAGUAAUGAUUCCCAUCAUCGAUCGUUUGAUGAAUUUCCCAAAAAAGUUGCUAUCCAACUGAAUGACACACAUCCCUCACUGGCAAUUCCUGAAUUACUACGUAUCUUAGUCGACUUAGAAGGUUUAGAGUGGAAAAAAGCAUGGGAUAUAAGUUACAACACAUUUGCGUAUACAAACCAUACAAUCUUACCUGAAGCAUUGGAACGUUGGCCUGUCACAUUGUUGGAGCAUAUAUUACCACGUCAUUUAGAAAUUAUCUAUCAAAUUAAUGCUGAGUUCUUAGAUGUUGUACGUGCAAAAUGGCCAAACGAUGAUGACCGUAUUCGUCGUAUGUCAUUGGUCGAAGAAGAAGGCGAAAAACGUAUUAAUAUGGCUUACUUGUGUAUUGUAGGAUCUCACACAGUUAAUGGAGUCGCAGCAAUACAUUCACACUUACUAAAAACUCAAACUUUCAAAGAUUUCGCUGAAUUAUGGCCAAAUAAAUUUCAGAAUAAAACAAACGGUAUAACACCUCGUCGUUGGUUGUUAUUGUGUAAUCCGAAUUUGUCAGACUUAAUUAUGGAAGGAAUGGGUGGCAAGGAUUCAUGGAUUGUUAACCUUAAUGAAAUCGCUCAGUUAAAAUCACGUAUAAAUGAUGUUAAUUUUCUACGUCACUUGAUACGUAUUAAAAGGGAAAACAAGGCUAAAUUUGCUUCUUAUUUGGAACAACAUUAUGGUGUAACAAUCAAUCCGGCAUCUCUAUUUGAUAUCCAAGUCAAAAGAAUUCAUGAGUAUAAACGUCAACUAUUAAACUGUUUACAUGUCAUCACUUUGUAUAAUCGCAUUAAAGCUAAUCCUGAAAUACCAAUCUGUCCACGUACAGUUAUGAUUGGGGGUAAAGCUGCUCCAGGUUAUCAUAUGGCCAAACUUAUUAUCAAGUUGAUCAAUUCCGUCGGUAAAGUUGUCAAUAAUGAUCCAGUUGUGCGUGGUAGACUUAAACUUAUUUUCCUUGAAAAUUAUCGUGUGUCUUUGGCUGAAAAAAUAUUCCCCGCUGCUGAAUUGUCAGAACAAAUUUCUACAGCUGGUACAGAAGCGUCAGGUACCGGUAACAUGAAAUUUAUGGUAAGUCACUAAAAUUAUUUAACUUAAGUCUCCACAUAAAAUGUGAAAUGCUGGCUUGUUAAUAAACAUUCUGUUUUUUGAAUUUCUGAUUUCUUUAAGUUCUACUUUAACUUAAUAUCUUGGUUAGAAAAUGAUUAUCAUAUUUGAGGAAGUAAAAUACAUCAUCUCUCUUAUUUUGAAUUGCAUUUCUAGUGUAUUUUACUGUUUCUGUACCAUCUUUAUCAUAUAUAUUUCUCUUAAUUAUUACCAUAUGGGAUACUUAUCAAUUUGUGUUUUCAGAAGAGGCUCUUAGAUUUCCUUCCCUGUUCAAAGCUAUAAGAAACUGACUUCAUCUUGACUAAGUUACAAGACACUUGGAAUGUGAUCUCGAGAAAAAUAUAUACUAACCUUGAUGGAGACAAUGACAAUUGUUGUACUACUGUUUUUACUAUCAAUGUAGUGUAGCUGAAUAAGAGGCGAAAUGUAAUUACUAAACUAGGUGAAGUCUGUAAACUUUCUUGAAAUGCUGAGUAAGAAAAUGUCUAGUCAUAGAUUUUUUGAUAAUAUUACUCUUCCAGCAGAAAGAAAUUAAGUUUCAUUAGAGAUAGCCAUAAUAUAACAGUGUCUUUAGCAGAUCUGAAUUCCACAAAAAUCUGUUGAUUUCACUUGUGUUUUCUUUUUUGAAAACCAAAAACAACUGAUCUUUCACUUUGGAUUCAUUGGUGUCAAAUUAGGAACAGGAGCACUUUCAGAUGAGAUCUAAUCUCAUUCCAAUUAACUAUAAUGAGAUUAUUAAGUUUGUACUUCCAAGAAGUAACAUUUUAGAAAGAAACAGUACCCUGUCUUUUUUUCCACUAAAAUUUCUAACAUUUGUUCUAUUAUUAUCGUUACAAAAUUUGUCAGAUCAGUUUUAUUUGAUGUUUCCGUAUUGUUUGUAUUCAAUUUUAGAUUUUUUGUUGAUGAUUCUGUUGAACAUUGUAUUGUUAGUAUGUUGUUUUAAAUUAGUUUGCGAUAUUUUAUUGUAAGAUGAAAACUUACUGGUUAUUGUUUUUCUGGAAACAAUUUCUCCAUACUGUUGUGUAUUUAGCUUAAUGGAGCCAUGACUGUUGGUACUAUGGAUGGAGCGAAUGUAGAGAUGUGUGAAGAAAUGGGUCGAGAGAAUAUGUUUGUAUUCGGUCUAACCGUAGAGCAAGUUGAUGCUCUUCACAAAGUUGGUUAUCAUCCACAAGAAUAUAUUGAAAAAGAACCAGAAUUGAAAUUGUGUCUGGAACAAAUUCGAGAUGGCUUCUUCUCUCCGGAAAAUCCACAUUUAUUCAAAGAUAUAUAUAAUAGUUUAGCGUUCGAUGAUCGCUUCUUGUUAUGUGCAGAUUAUGCAAGUUAUAUACGUGUGCAACAAGAAGUCGAGGAAGCUUACAAAGAUGAACUAAGAUGGUCAAAAAUGAUGCUUAUGAAUAUUGCUUCCUCUGGGAAAUUCUCUUCUGAUCGUACUAUACGUGAAUAUGCUCGGGAUAUAUGGGGUGUUGAGCCAUCAACCAUCAAAUUACCACCUCCAUUUGAACCAGCCAUAGAAAAGAAAUAGUUUUAUUAAACAAAUAUGCAGACGUUUACCUCUUAUGAAUGCACCUUUUUUGUCCCAUUACUUCCCAACCUCUUCCCCUAUUGUCAUUUAGUCCAGUUAGUAAUUCUAAAAAAAAUGAACAAUAACUUUUUCGGCUGAUGAUUUUAAGAAAAAAAAAUUAUUCUCUGCUUUCCUUUACAUAUUAAUCUAUUUUCAACCUUCAAUUUCAUUUACAUUGGUUUAUUCAUACGAUAAAUAUUUUAUGUAGAGAAUAUUUUUAAUUCCCUUAAUUUGAUCUUAUGAAAUUACUGAUAACUCGUUAAUUAUGACUGCUAUAUGUUAUUCUUAUUCAGCAUGUCUUCAAUUCGUAAUGUAAUGCUUGAAUUAGAUCUGAUGCAAAUAAACACAUCAAUAUAAAGCAUGAUUAUCAUACUGUGAUCGAAUGUGUUGAUCUUUAGCUUCCUCCUUCUCUAUCUUCCUUAUUUAUGAGUAUUUAGAUUACUAAUAGUAGUAUUGGUAUUAACCAUUUUGUCAUAUAGGUAACUAUCGUUUGAUUAUUAUAUUGAGGGGGGAGGAGGAUAAAAGUUGAUUUGUGUAUGCGCUUGGUUUCAACAAAACAUGACCUUUCUAAUUAGUUUAUUACUCAAUAUACUAUUGUUACGACUAAUAUUUGUUUCUUAUUUGUUUCAACGAUUUUAAUUUAGUUACUUUUGAGUAAAAUAUUAUAAAAAAAACAACAACAAUAUAAUUUGACUAGUAAGUGCCCAUUAGUCAAAAUAAGACACUAAUUUUUGAAUUGUUUCUAUCACUGCAUCAUAUUUAUAGCCUCUUACACAUAAAUAUAAUCAUUUCAUUAAUAAUAAAAUUAAUAAUAACGGUUUUCUUUUUACCAUUGUUUUGUUCAUUGCUUUGGUAAAUUUGUUCGUAGCAAGAAAUAUCAGCUAGAAUGACAUGUUAAUCAUUAUGUUCGCCUUCGAAUUCUUAUAGAUAUUUCCAUUUAUUUGUUGAUAGAUUUUUAAAUUUAUAUAUAAAAAUAUUUUUAAGACUUUAAGUAUAAUACAUUAGUCUGGAU